AUGGAAAGACUUUCAGGACAGAUACCUUCUUCUAUAGGCAAUCUCACUCUUUUGUAUGAAUUCCAUUUUGAUUCAAACAAUUUGAAUGAAAGCAUUCCUUCCAGCAUUGGAAAUUGUCAACAGUUACAGUAUCUAACCCUUGAUAAUAAUAAUUUCCAAGGUCCAGUACCUAAACAACUCUUCCUUCUUUCCUCUUUAUCAAUAUAUCUCGACUUAUCUUAUAAUUCUCUAGCCAAUUCCCUACCAAUUGAAAUCGGUAACUUGAAGAGUCUUUCUACAAUAGAUAUCUCUAACAACAGAUUGUUUGGAAAAAUUCCUUUCUCCAUUGGUGGUUGUAAUAGUUUGGAACAUCUUUAUACGGGGGGUAAUUUAAUCGAAGGAACCAUUCCUCAAUCUCUAACUCUUAUGAAGGAGUUUCAAGUUUUAGAUCUCUCACUCAACAACUUAUCAGGGCAAAUCCCAAAAGAUCUAGAAAAACUUUCAGCAUUGCAGAGUUUGAAUUUAUCCUUCAAUAAUCUUGAAGGAGAGGUACCAACAAAAGAAAUCUUUGGAAAUACAAGUGCAAUUUUCGUGAGUGGAAAUGAUAAGCUUUGUGGUGGAAUUGCGGAGUUACAUCUACCUGCAUGCACAAACCAUGGAUCUACGAAAAGAGAAAAAUCCCUUGCUCUGAGCAUAGUUUUGGUGAUAAUCGGUGUGAUUCUCGGUUUUCUUUUGAUAUCUUCGUUUCUUACUCUCUAUUGGAUAAGAAGGUCAAAAAGUAAACCUCCAUCCACACCAAUAAUCGGAGAACAAUUGUUGAAGCUUUCUUACAAAGAUCUCUUCCAAGCUACUAGAGGAUUUUUUGCAAAUAAUUUCUUAGGUUCUGAUAGUUUUGGCUUUGUAUACAAAGGGAUUAUUGAUCAAGAUGAAGCCAUUGUUGCAGUUAAGGUAUUCAACUUUCAAAAUCCAAGAGUCUACAAGAGCUUUAUGGCUGAAUGCAAAGCAUUAAGAAACAUUCGGCAUCGAAAUCUUGUCAAGAUUGUAACUUCCUGUUCAAGUCUUAAUUCAAAAGGCAAAGAUUUCAAGGCCCUUGUUUAUGAGUUCAUGCCCAAUUGGAGUCUAGAUGAUUAG